AGAGGGCCAUUAAAGAGGGGUUUGACGAGUUGGAUCAAAGAAGAAGGAGAAGAAGAAGAUUGAAAUUAACAUGGAAGGGUCAUCAAAAAGGGAGGUAACAGAAGAAGGUGUUGGUCUUAUCUCUUAUGUUAAUCCUUGCUUUCUUUUUGAAGCUCUUCUCAAGUGUUUAGGUAUUGAAAAUAAAACCCAAGAAAGCUCUGCUUGUCCAAAUUCACAACAAAAAGAUCAUGAAGGUGAUGGCAAAUUUGACUGUGAAGGAAGUUCUCGAGAAUCCUCUUCGACUACAGAAAUGGACGCAUGUCCACCUUCAACAACAGAUCCCUCAACUACUACUGAUGAUCCUGUUCUUGCUGGAGCACCGCCAAGGCCAUCAGUAAGUACUGGGAAUGGUCCGCGGACUAAUUAAUUCCAGCUCAUCCUGAAUCCUUGGCUCUAACGCAUCCGUAGUCCUCAAGCUUUUCUUCAUUCUGGAAUUAAUGGCUAGGGCUAGCUAUGGCAAGUUGGUUUCCAUAGAUUUUUCUUCCUGUAGGCGUCUGUUCUUUCCUUUUCUUCCUCUUAUUCUUCACUGUUUUUGCGUGCACUCUCUCAUGCAUAGUCAUGUAAAUCGAUGCUCAUGAACACUACUGGUAGUUUGUUUGUUUUCCAUGGAAAUUGGGAAGUUCUUAUUAGAGAGUUUUAAUUUCAAAUAGCAAAUUUAUACAAAUGGCUUGAUUUCUA